AAAAAGUCUCUUGGAUAUGCUCUAAAGAGGGAAGAGUAAAAUUUGCGUAUACUCUUAGUAAUUUAAGUUAACAAACAAGCAACUAGAUUGAGUUCAAAUCAAGUCUAAAAUUUUGCCCCACCCUUUGAAUCCAUUCAAUUUCACGAAAAAUCUGCAGAAUCCUGUAGCAUUUACCGGAGCCCAAAAUAUCCGUAUGAAUGCGGCCCGUCACCCUUGAGAAGUUUGAGACAACGCCGCACUUCAGGUCCUAUCGGCAAUCUGGGCACCCACUGCCACUAGCCUGAAUGCCCCCACAAGUUCUAGGGUUUUAGGUCCAAGGUUUUUGUGCAACCUUCGUCCGCGCGCCACCAAUUUCUUAGCAAUUAGUACCUCACACGUGCUCCCUCUGCUGCUGCGCCGCUCUAUGGCUGACCCAUUGGACGCGGCCGCCGCCUUCGGUGUAUCCACCAACGACAACAAUGUCGACGACGUCGAGGACCUUUACGCGGACCUCGACGAGCAGGUCGCCGCCGCGCUCGCUGCCGCAGGGGAGAGUGGCGGCUCAAACGCGAGGGAUUCCGACCCCCUCACCGACGGCGAGGGGGAGUUCCCGGAGCCCGACGAGAACGAGGCGGUGGAUUUGGGCGACGGGACCGAGGGCUACAGCAGCAGCGAUGAUGAGAGCGAUGAUGGCCUUCGCAUCGUGCUGAACGAGGACACCAGCGCGCCACUGCCGCCGCCCCCUGUGGGGCGCGGCGAGGGAUGCGUGGCUGAGGAUGAGGAGGGAGAUGAUACGAGCAACCGUGUGAAGGUUUCAUCUGUUAACGAUGGCGGGUGGGCAACGACAACGAGCAGUCUGUGUUUCCCGAGGAGGUUGCAGAGGAAGUCCCGGAUCAGCAGUUUGGUGAAGGUUGGUGGGCUCCAGUGCAAGGGGUUUGUUGAGAAAACGACAUUACCCAUCAUGGGGCAAAUCGAUCGGCAUGUGUUUCGGCGUGAUUAUAAUUUUUUCUUGUCAAGAAACAGCACAAUUUUCGACAUAGACAUUGAAGCGUUUCAACUGAAGCCUUGGAGACAGCAAGGAGCGGAUCUUACUGACUACUUUAAUUUUAGUCUGGAUGAAGAAGGCUGGAGAAAGUAUUGGUGUAGCAUGAAGCAAUUAAGGUUAGGGGCUAGAUCACUUGUAAAUGAAACAUCAGGAUUGGAGCAGGAAUCAUACAAAUUGAAAUCUGCGAAAGCAAUGUCCAACGUAGCAAAUGAUUCUGGAUCUGAAGGAAGAAAUGACAUUGGCAAGCCAAAAGGUAGAGCAAUCCAUGUUGAAGGCAGUGCGUGCGAACGUGUUCCUUCAGCAGACUUGUGGCGUCCAAUACAAAGGGAUUCAGAUGUUGUGAUUCAAGUAAACAUGACACUUUCACCAUCAAAUCAGUCCACUUCGGAUGACAGCUCAAAGUUAAAUCACAAGGGUGUGGCUACUGAAAGGGUGUUUGAUAAGGAAGUUUAUGAUGGAGGUUCCUCAGAGGGUGUUGGGAGCAAACUGGACAGAAGAGAUUCUUAUUUUGCACGUGACCAAUCUCCUAGCCCUGAUUAUUCUGAUGUACUUUCUGGAGAAUCAAAAGAAAAUCACUAUUUUAAGAGAUCCAAUAGACAUUCAGAUUUCAGGGACUUCUUUGAAGCCACCAAACUUCAGGAUGAGCAUGUCAAAUCUGAUUUUUAUUGCUAUCCAAGUAAGCCAGACAGAGAAAAUAGUGAAAGCUGCAGACGUGGUUAUACCCCUUCUACUGAUGAUAGAAACAUGGCAUCUAAACUUCUGUGGAUGGGUGAAGCUCCUUUCACUGGGCGAGGCAAGUCUGGUGAUCUUUUUUUGGGUCACAACAGCGACCGUGACUUCAAAUCUCGACAUAAAGCAAGAAAAGGACAGAGGAGACAGAGUUUAGAUGACAGAAGGAAUGCUAUAUUUGUUGAAAAAGAAAAACCAACAGAUAGCUAUCAUAGUACGUGUGAUAGGAAGUUCGUGAAGAGAAGAUCUAGCUCAUCUUCCCUGAGGACCAACUAUCACAAUUCCGUUUGCAAUCAAUCUUAUGAGCAGCGUUAUUCACCUCUUGAAAAAAAAGCUCUGAAAAACGAUGAGCAUUACUUUAGCGAUGAGUCUAAUUACCACCAUAGGCAGUCUUUGUCAUGUGACAUCAAUGAAGGAGAUAUUGACAAGUGCUUCUCUUCAGCGAAGGAGUGGCAACGAGAUGGUGACCAUAUAUACCAUUCAAUGGUAAAAACUGAUAUGCCUGAUGCUAAUGAUGGACGCAUGUACAGAGAUAGGUAUAGUCCGGAAAAGAAAAUAGCCAGACAUGACCAUAGCAUGGAUGUUGAAUUUUCCCAUUACACUGAUUACAGAUUUUGCGAGUGGCGGAGUCUGGAGGUAAGAGGCAGAUACAGAGAUAAAGGAAAAUUUGCCAAAAGCAAUGAUGGGCAUUUCAGACAUGCUAACCAUCUCGAGUUGUAUUCUGGCCUCAACAAUUUUGAGAGGGACAAACCUGCUACUGGCUUCCCUGUUAUGAGCUCAAGAAACAGAUGCAUCGAUAACAAAGAAGUCUGCAAUGCUAAGAUGACACAAAAUAAUUGCCAUGGGUAUCAUCAAAAGAACAAGCAACAUGAUUCAUCAUUUUGUAUUGGCAACAUUCCUCGAUAUGCUUUGCGCACUGAUACUUAUGCUGAAAAGGGCCAUUUUGUUCUGCCAAUUAAGAGGAAGCUUUAUUCUGAUCUGGGUUCCAUGGACCAAAGGACUCUUGCUGAUUUGCCACUUCUGAAAGGAAGAUUGAUGCAUGGCCAAUCCAUUGCCAGUGACAGGAGGAUUUAUGCUUUGAAGCUGCAUAAGUCGACAAAGAAAAUUAAUACAGAAGCCAUUUGUAGUUCCAGUGAUAUGAGAAAUAUUAAUACUCUUUCAAACAUUUGUGUUGGCAGAAGACAUGAGCUGGAUAAUGCUGAUAACAUCCACUUGAAUGAUAGAAAAAUAAAGUUUGAGAGGGAAGGUAAUGAGUUAAGACGUGUAAUUGAAGAUAACCAAAAGGGAAGCCAUCCUGUGGAUAAGGAUUUGCACACUUCUAGACAUAAGCAUGUACAUCAGAAGCUGUGGAAACAGAAUCUGAGUCACCGUCACUCAGGCAAUCAGGAUUUGGAGAAAUCAGCAGACCAGAAUUGUCUAAAUAAAGAUGUGGAGAUCGAGGAAGGAGAAUUGAUUGAAGAGGACCAUAAUAAUAUCAUUUAUAAAAGCAAGCUUAAGCAGGAAAAUGUUGUACUGAAAUCAGUUAUUGAAACAAGUUCAGCAGAGCAGUUACAGGUGAAUAAUGCAACGUCGAAGGAUGCUACCUGCAACAACAGAGCUACAAGAGAAUCUGAUGAGAAACACAUUCUUGAGGUAAUGGAAAAGAUGCAAAAAAGGAGGGAAAGGUUCAAAGAGGCUAUUGCACCAAAAAAAGAAGUCGGUGACAAGAAAGACCUAUCGGCUUUAGCAUGCAGUACAGAUUUCAUCCAGAAUCAACGGCCUGCUAGGAAACGGCGGUGGGGUGGUAAUUGUUGGAUGCUGGAAAUGCCUUGAGAGUUUGUCCGUGAUGGUUUCUUCAACAAGGUGUUCUGCUUAUGUUGCUCAAAACAUUUUACUGUUAUGUUUACUUAUUCUGAUGGCUGGGUUGGGGAAACAAAAUAUAGAAAGCAUAUUCUUCAGGCACUUUUAUAGAUAUAGUAUCUUGCAUAGUUUAAGAGUAAAAAGGUUCGACUUCAAAUGUAACGUGUUUGUGGGGUUCUUUCAAACCACUGGAGAUGAUUUACUAUCCCCUAAGAUGAGAUUUAAAUGGUUUCCUUUCUGCAGGCUGCUAAAUGUUUCUCUGUGUUUAUGUAUUCAAGUUUAUCUCUUCAUACUCUGAAUGCCAUCAUCUCCAGAGUUCUUUUUAUUAUUAUGCAGCAAUUGUGUUUUUCCCCGAUUAAGUUGCGUGUUUGCAGUAUGGUUUUAUUGCUACCCUACCGAUAUCUUCAGCCAGUCACAUACAAGUUGCAGUCUGCAGUUAGUUGUUGCCUUACCCACUCUGUCAGGCUAAUAUAUCUGUCUGAGUCAGAGAGAAGAACGGACAUUUGCCCUCUCGUCAGAAGGCGAACACGCGAGCAGCUCCAUUGCCAAGAGAAUUUGGAGAACGCUGAGACGACACGAUCGUGCCCACUGCCCACGAGAGGAGUUGCCGCCUGUCAAAGGCUGGAAGCGGGGACUUGUGGGGAAGAUGGGAAGCCGCCUUCAACUCCUGCAGACAGAAUAACAGAAAUAUCGAACGACGUACACACUCCAGCUCCGACACCGUCAUCCGUCAAGUCGUCAACUGACAGUGCACUCGGCGGUGGUUCGAACGCCGAACCGACGUGGCGCGCUGACGACCUCCAACCGUGCCCUCAUCCCAGCCUCCCGCUUCCGUCCCUGCAAGGUCCAAGCCCGGUACGGCACCGCAUCCGAGAGGGCAGACCCGUCAGUCCAGGCCCCUCGUCCUUCACUCCUCCUUCGCCUCUCAAAGGCGCGCCUCGCUCCACCAUUCCCACUGGCGAUUUGCAACAGACAAGCUCCACUAGAGCUCGGCCGGCAUCCAUGGCGAUGCGGCUCCUGUCCCCGUCCACGCCGCCCCCACGCUUCCCGAGCCCCGGCCAGAAGGCACCCGCCUCCAUCUCCGCAUCGUCUUCCUCGUACUUCUCUGUCCGCUUGCGCCGCGCGCGCGCGGCGGCUGCAGCGGCUGCAGGCGCGGCCGCGGCGGGCGGGUCCGACCGGCGCAGCGGACGCUUCGAGGGGGAGGCGAUGAGCGGGGCAUUCGACAGGGGCCUCGCGGAGAUCGCGAGGAAGGUGCCGCUCUUUGAGCCCACAGCGGACGGGGAGCUCGCCGCUGCGGCUGGCGAGCGGCCGUUGCCUAUCAAUCUCGAGCUCUGGCUCUACCGCGUCAAAGUGCACACCAGAAAGUUCGAGUUCCCUGAAGCAGAAAAACUUCUGGACAAGUGUAUCUCAUUCUGGCCUGAAGACGGACGUCCUUAUGUGGCGCUGGGGAAGCUGUAUAGCAAGCAGUCAAGGUAUGACAAAGCUAGAGCGGUGUACGAAAGGGGGUGCCAAGCAACGCAAGGCGAAAACCCAUACAUUUGGCAGUGCUGGGCAGUCCUAGAAAGCAAGGGUGGAAAUAUUCGAAGGGCACGCGAGCUAUUUGAUGCCGCUACUGUGGCUGAUGCAAAGCAUAUUGCUGCUUGGCACGGGUGGGCAAUUUUAGAAAUAAAGCAAGGAAACAUAAAAAAGGCACGGAACCUACUUGGGAAAGCCCUGAAAUAUUGUGGAGGAAAUGAGUAUAUUUACCAAACUCUUGCUUUGCUUGAAGCUAAAGCAGAGCGCUUUGAACAGGCACGGACUUUGUUCGAGCAAGCCAGUCAAUCCAAUCCAAAAAGUUGUGCAAGCUGGCUAGCUUGGGCUCAGGUAGAAAUGCGUGCAGGAAACAAUACCAUGGCAAGAAAGCUCUUUGAGAAAGCUGUCCAGGCUAGUCCUAAAAACCGAUUUUCAUGGCAUGUAUGGGCACUAUUUGAGGCAAAUGAAGGUAACAUUGACAGGGCAAGGAAGUUGCUUAAGAUUGGACAUGCUGUAAAUCCUAGGGACCCUGUAAUUCUACAGUCACUCGCGCUACUGGAAUACAACUUUUCAUCUGCGAAUGUUGCUCGUGUGUUAUUCAGAAAAGCGUCUCAGAUUGAUCCAAGACAUCAGCCAGUUUGGAUAGCUUGGGGGUGGAUGGAAUGGAAAGAAAGAAAUGCAAGAACAGCAAGAGCUCUCUAUCAAAGAGCUUUGUCAGUCAAUUCAACAAAUGAAUGUGCUGCUCGUUGUCUUCAGGCUUGGGGAGUCCUAGAACAGCGUGCUGGUAACUACACGGCCGCUAGACGAUUGUUGAGGUCUUCACUGAGUAUAAACUCCCAAAGUGAGGUGACAUGGAUGACAUGGGCAGCACUUGAGGAGGAACAGGGGGAUCCAGUUCGAGCUGAAGAAAUUCGGAACCUUUACUUUCAGCAGCGUACUGAAGUUGUGGAUGAUGCAUCCUGGGUCAUAGGCUUCCUCGACAUCAUCGACCCUGCCCUAGACAGCGUGAAGAGGCUACUAAACCUGGAUCAGCCUUCUAGACCGGCGAGGCAAGAUGAUGUUAAAAGCACAACAGAACCGUGUCCUCCCACUGCCAAGUCUUCAGAAACUUCUGCGGGCAAUGAUGCUCGUAACAACGGGAGCGAAGCAAUGGGGACUCUAACAAGUGAUUUCGAUUUGGAUGCUUUCAUCAAGAAGAGGCUGGCCCUCGACCCAUCGGAGCUGGAUGCCGUGCUCGAGGGCUCUGACCCGAGGGGUGUUGUUUCUCAGAGGAGGAAACAGCGGCUGCCCAGGAAGCCACUCCCUCUUCUCCCUGUCCCGUAAAUUUUCCAGAUCGGUCUGUCUCAUUUCCAUUCCACCGGUAAAAUCCAUAAGGGCUAGUUUGUUUGAGACUCCAUUUUUUUCCAAGUGUUAAAAAUAAAAAUCCCUUGAAAAAAAUGAGGUUAUCAAACUAGCCCUAAAUCCCUAACUGUAGCAGCCUGCAAUACGUGAAUAUGUGUGAGGACUAAGGAGAUGACGUCCCCUGCCGCUGCCAUAGCAAUCACCACACCUGUUAAUUGUCAUUCCAGCCACGUGUAUGUAAUUCUGCCACCAUUUGUUAGUAAAGUCUAGCUCUGUACAUAAAUUAGACUCUUUUUGUCUACAUAAUAUCGCCGGACUAAGUUAUCGAGAAGUAUUUUGACAAUGGUAGUGCCAUUACUUCAA